CAAAAUGAAGCCGGUAUUCUUCAAAAAUUUAGUUCCAGCUUCUGAACAGACCAGCAUGGCCCCAGUUCCUACCUCUCCUUCCUCGAGCAGCACCGUGAGUCCGAGGCUGCUGCACAGCAACAGCAGCGAGUGGAACGCCGUGGUGCAGAGGAACAUCAAGACCUCGCUGCUGCUGCUCCUGGUGCUCUCCACCAUCUUCGUCUUCUCGGUCCUGUACUCGUCGCGCCGCUUGGGCUCAACGGCAGCCGAAGAAGUGCUCACGCAGAGCCCCUUGGUAUGGGAUCUUGACGUGAGCAGCCGUCUGGUGCCAGGAGAGGAGGAGCAGAUCGAUGAACUGAUCGUCCCUGCCGAAAGCAAAGUAGCACCAGAACAGAGCUCCCCUUCAGACAUCUCCUUGCCUUCUGCAAAUUUGUCAUCAGCUCCUACGGCUCCUACUCCAAGCACAUCAGCUGAAGGAACAGGCGAUCAAAGUGUUGUUGGAGUACAAGUUGAGGAGAGAUGCGACAUGUCGGCGGGGAAAUGGGUGAGGGAGCCCAAGGGCCCAGUCUACACGAACCUGACGUGCCCGACGCUGCCGGACUUUAAGAACUGCCAGAAGUACGGCAAGGACCCCGGCCACCUGUUCUGGCGGUGGCAGACCGACGGGUGCGACCUGCCGCGGUUCUCGCCGGAGCGGUUCCUCGACGUCGUCCGCGGCAAGCGGCUGGCCUUCAUCGGCGACUCGCUGGCCCGCAACCAGAUGGAGUCCCUGCUCUGCCUCCUGUCACAGGCCGAGACGCCAACGGACGUGUACCGCGACGCGUUCGACAAGUUCCGGACAUGGCACUUCGCCGCGCACAACUUCACGCUCAUGGCGAUGUGGACGGAGUUCUACGCGCACGGCGUGCCGGUCCUCGAUGCCGAGGGCAAGCCGACGGCCUCCUUCGACAUCCACCUCGACAGGCUCAACACCAACUGGACUAGCCGCCUGCCGGGGCUGGACUACGCCGUCAUCUCUGGCGGCAACUGGUUCUUCCGCGUCAACUACCUCUGGGAGGGCGGCCGCCGCGUCGGCUGCGUCAACUGCCGCGAGGCCAACCUCACCGACUUCGGCAUCGUCCACGCCGUCCGCCGCGUCGCCAGGGCAGCUCUCGAGGCCAUCGCGCGGUGCCGGGACUGCAAGGGCAGCCUCGUCACGUUCCUGCGCACCUACACGCCGGACCACUUCGAGCACGGCUCCUGGUUCAGCGGCGGAUACUGCAACCGGACGCAGCCGCUGGAGGAAGGCGAGAUCAGCUUGGAAAGCAUCGGGUGGGAGCUGAGGAGGGCGCAGAGCGAGGAGGUGGCGCGGGUGAGGGAGACAACCGGGAGCAGGCGGUUCGGGGUGCUCGACGUGACCAAGGCCAUGAUGCUGCGCGCCGAUGGUCACCCGGGCAAGCACUACGACAAGCGGUGGGUGAGGAACGCCAGCGACUGCCUGCACUGGUGCCUGCCUGGGCCCGUCGACAUGUGGAACGACGUGCUGCUCCAGAGGCUCGCCCAGAUAUCGCCGCCGCCGCCGCCGCUGGUGCGCUGAUGCCUGGCCGCCACGUAAGAUUCGUUGAGCAGCUCUCGUGUGCGCUAAAACGAAGGAAUUGGCGGGUGAAUCCACUUCCACCACCCAACCCACGUCACUCUCUCGAUUUUAAUCCCCUGAGGCCCUGACUAGCUAAUAUGAUUUGGCAGCCGCUUGGAUUGAUCGUUCGUUGGAGGACAAUUGUGUUCCAAAACUGAAUGCAGACUCAAUACAUCCUUCAUUUUUCCUA